UUCUUCACAAGUGCCACUCUCUUGUUCGUUCCUGAUUGGUUGGUUGAGCAAUGCCACAGAGAGGAUGGGACAGGCUAUGUGUAUCUGCUCUCGCAGUGCCAUCACCAUUGACAACAAGAGAUACUACUUUGUUCAGAAACUGGACGAAGGAGGGUUCAGUUAUGUCGACCUGGUCGAGGGAGCUCACGACGGGCGUUUCUAUGCACUGAAACGGAUCCUGUGUCACGACCGCGAGGCUCGUAAAGAGGCUCAGAACGAAGUGGAGAUGCAUCGUCUCUUUAACCACCCCAACGUCCUGGGCCUCACCGGACACACCUUCACAGAGCGGGCUGGCAAGACCGAGGCCUGGUUACUGCUCCCUUAUAUCAGCAAGGGGACUCUGUGGUCAGUGCUGGAGAAACUGAGAGACAAAGGGAGCAACAUGCCUGAAAAGCGAAUACUGCAUAUUUUUCGUGGCAUCUGUGAAGGUCUCAAAGCAAUCCAUGAUAAGGGCUAUGCACACAGGGACCUAAAGCCCACCAACGUCCUCCUGGAGGAGGAUGAUAAACCGGUCCUAAUGGACCUGGGUUCUAUGAACCGGGCCAGGAUUGAAGUACGGGGUUCCCGAGAAGCCAUGACCCUGCAGGACUGGGCAGCUCAGAGGUGUACCAUCUCAUACAGAGCUCCAGAGCUCUUUAAUGUGGAGAGCCACUGUAUCAUUGAUGAACGCACAGAUAUCUGGUCUCUUGGCUGUGUGCUGUACAGUAUGAUGAUCCUGGAGGGACCUUUUGACCUGAUAUUCCAAAAAGGUGACAGUGUAGCCCUGGCUGUCCAGAAUCCUGUCACCAUCCCACAGCCCUGCAGUUAUUCUCAAGCCCUACAGAACCUCCUCAGUUCCAUCAUGGUGCCUAACCCCCAGGAACGUCCUGACAUCAACUGGGUUCUAGACCAGGUUCAGAACCUCCAGGGUUCGGAGGGCGGUACCGUCGACACAAACAGGAUAUGAUGUUUCUGAUCCACAGCCAUAGGGAUAAACGUUCUCUCUCUUUCUCCCUCUCUCUUUCUCUCUCUCUCUCUCUCUCUCUCUCUCUGGACUCUGGACUUUGCACUUAGACUCUCUCGGGGAUGACACAGGUUCAUUUGCUAAAUGAACCCACAGCCUCACAAACAAAUGCUU